CCCGAUCUGGGCUUAAAUGGAACCAACCAGCACACCUCGAUGAAAUCUUCAGCCCCUUUGCGACCCUCACAGAAAUACCCAUUUCGAAAACCUAUGCGGGACCAAUCAGUGCGAUCUUGAGACCACUUGAGAUUCAAAGACCUAUCUAAUCACCGUAUAGCCUGUAGUAUUAUACUUAGCCACCAGUUCUUUGUGCCUGCCAGUUUGUCCGGCGAUUUGAAACCGAUUAGAACGAUGGCUAGAGGGUUAACAUUGGAUGAUUCCCAUUCCCAACUGCUAUUCCUCAUGGUGGGUGGACUACUCAUCGUGGGUUUAGCUAUUGUGGACUCUUUGGAAUGCUACGCCUGCGAUUCCGCAGAGAACUCGGAGUGUGCCACUCGACCGGGUCAGCAGCUGGAAGUGGAGGAGUGUUCCCAGGCCAAUGACGAGUGUGUCAUCUCGAUAUCGGCGGGACUUACGCGACGCGGCUGCCUGGCCCGACUAUAUCCCAAUGGCUAUUGUGCCGCUCCAUGUGACCGUUGUAAUACGAGUCUGUGCAAUCGACACGUUUAUCCCACGGAUCGUUUGCGAUGCUAUCAGUGCAGCGGAGCGGAGUGCAUCGAUGUGGCCAGUUCACCGCAGUAUCUGUUGCCAUGUCCGGUCUAUAAAGAGGGCGACAGAUGCUACACGAACUUGUACCACCUUUCCAACACCAUGCGUGGCUGUGAGGCCACCAAUAUACCGGAUAGCUGUCCUCAUGUCUGCCUUAAGUGCAACUAUAAUGGCUGCAAUACGGAGAAGACCAUCACCGAAUCGCGUUGCCUUCAGUGCACCCACAAUCGAUUGUCUCCUAAUCCGGAUUGCCUGAGGAACCAGGUCGAAUCGGAGGAUGCGCAACCAAGGUGCUCAUUGGACAACACAACGGUCACACAUUGCGUCAACAGGGUGAUGUACGGACAUCGGGAGAACUGCUUCACCUAUCAGAACACCCAAACGGAGCUCGUACAGCGGGGCUGCUCCACCACAAUGGGAUUCUAUUCCAGUGGCGUGGUGACCCAAUGCCAUGGUGAAUUCUGUAAUGCCAAUUGCCAGGAUAUCGUCUGUGCCGCCUGCAAUUCCACCGCCGAUCCAGGAUGUCGGGCGGGACGGAAUUUGCCAACGGAAAAGUGCGCAGCUGGCACUACGGCCUGCUAUUCCUGCGAGCAAGAUACCUUUCUGCGUCGUGGCUGUGCGGAUGAGAACUUUGCACCUGCUGGCCCGGGCGACAGUUGUCAAUUGUGUCGGGAUGCCGAUUCGUGCAAUCGCUACUCCGUCCGGAGUUGCUAUCGCUGCAAUGCCCAGGAUCAGGACACGGAUUGUGCGGCCAUGGACCUGCCCUCGGCGAUGACGACCAGCAAUUGCUCCAGCCCAACGGAGCUGUGUGUCAGCACGGUGGUCAGUCGGCUGGACGGGAUCUAUACGGUGCGGGGAUGCGAGGGUCAGGUGCCGGAGUGCUCCGCCAACGAUCCUUACUGCGUCCGGUGCAACGGAAGUCUGUGCAACUAUGCACCAACUCUUUGGAGGCAGACGCAAGUCGGUUUGGUUACGGAUCCGGAUAACUUGCCGGAUAACUGGUGGUCACUUCUGCAGUACUGGUGGUCCCGAAAACUCCGAUAAUAACCUCCAAUAAAAUGUGUACUGAUAACUUUUCAGGGGCAUAGCGAGGGGCGGAUGUAUUUAACGGGAGCAACGCCCCCAUCCAAAUAAACCAUAUCAUUCAGAUAACCAAGGCAAGGUUGACUAUACGGGCAAUCUAUUCCUUAUCCAAAAAAAAUAAUACAAAUAUAUACCCUUGAGGGGGCCUAAUAUACAUGUACAGAAACACAGAAAUAACUAAAACUUAGAAAUCACUUUGAAAGGCGUUUAAAAGUAUGCUACAAUGUAUUUUCAAUACAAAACUGCUA